CCACCUUCAAGAUGGAAGCUGGACAGUUGGUCUACAAGAACGUCCUUAAAUAUGUCCCGUCUGUCCACAACAGUACAAUUCGGAGAUCUAUGCCAUUCACUGUACCCCUUCAGUGUCGUUACUAUAGGUAUCACCACGUCUACAAGCACGGUAUUCGUCCGCUUUGGAGGAAUCAAACUCGCUUCAAGAGUCUCCAGUCCCCGAACAGCUUUGCCCUAAGAAUAAUUAAUGGUGAUUGGGUUCCUGAUCACAUGAUGAAUACAUUCUACCUUGGACAGCCCAUACACUUUGAAGCGACUACAAAUCUCACUAUUCCUGGGACUAAGCUUUUCAUCCACAGCUGUUAUGCAACAGCAUCUCCAGCUUUAAAUUCAACCCCCAGAUAUACAGUGAUUGAGAAUUAUGGGUAA